UUUGAUUCUCAUUUGUCUCAAGAGUUAGCUUCGUUUCCUUUCGCCACAUCAACUCAAAUACUCGGAGAAAGAAGAUCUGAGUUUUGCUUGUUCGAUGUGGUUUUAAUCGUAGAUUUUACGCCAGCAAUGGCUUCCUACAACACGAUGCCUGAUCUGAUAAGCAGCAGUGUGAAUAUAAACUUAGAAGAAGAUGGUCCACCAUUAGCAAAGACAAAGUAUUAUACUACUGGAACAAUUUACCCAUUUCCCAGUUCCAGCAAGUCAUUUUUGGGAUCUCUGAUUAAAGAAGUGUCUGGAUUGGCUCAGCUUCAGGAGGCAAAGAAAAUCUUCAUUUUUCUCUCAUUCAACAUACUUGCUUCAGUAAUUUUGCUUAUAUGGUGUCAUUCAACAAACAGCAUGGCACUGACAGCCUUUGCCAAUCUGACAGUGUUUGACAUCUUAAGUCUGUUGACUUGCUUGUUGAGUAUCUGGGUGAGAAAUCAGCACCCUUCUCCAUCUUUUUCAUUUGGGUAUGAACGGUUUGAAGUGAUGGCUGUCUUUGCAACCACUAUGUUGGCACAGCUGGGUUCCUUUUUCAUAAUUAAAGAAAGCAUCGAGUGUCUUAUUCAACAACCAGAAAUUCACACAGGUCGCCUGUUGGUAGGAACAGUAUCUGCAUUCAUGGUGCAUCUGGUUUUGACUUCUUGCAUCAACAACCGUGCCAUGAACCAUGUAGUAGAUGCUUCCACUUCCAGUUGGCUACAGGAACACAUGACGGAUAUGAGCGAAAGCAUCUGUUCUUUAGUUCCAGGAUUGAGCAAAUUGUUGCUGCCACGUAUCAACCCCAUGCUUCUGAUGGGUUUUGGCAGCUCUCUGGUUUUAAUCAUUGCCUAUGUUCUUAUAGACACACAGUCUUACCAUGCUGCUGACACUUGGGCAGCCAUCUGCAUAGCUGUGAUGAUGGUUGGAACAAUGUUUCCUAUGAGUGUCUACACUGGCAAAAUCUUACUUCAGACAACUCCGUCCCACAUCUUGAGUCAGCUAGACAAAGUAUUGCGAGAAGCUUCCACUCUGGAUGGAGUACUUGAAUUCAGACAUGAGCACUUUUGGACUUUAUCCUUUGGUGUACUAGCUGGUUCAGUGCAAGUACGGGUGCGUCGUGAUGCAGAUGAGCAGCUUGUUUUAGCACAUGUCUACAACCGACUUUCCAACCUUGUGCGAGUUCUUACUGUACAGAUCUUCAAAGAUGACUGGACCCGGGGUUCUGCAUUCUCUGCCCUUGGGUCAUCUCCCUUUAGUCCUCCAGGACCUCACCUUGGUGGCCGUGCACAGUCUCCCACUCAGGAUUUCUCCCCAACUUAUUUGCCAGUGUCAAGCAUGCGACCCCUGCCAGUCAUAUCUCCAAUGGGUGGGAACAUGCCAGCUGUGGGCCUACCAUCACGGAUGAUGCCUGAGGUUACAGGGCUGGCGCGAGGCAUCACCCUUACUGCCUCAGCCAGAGCAAGUGGAGCUUCAUUUAGCUCUGUGGAGCUUUCAUGAUGUAUUUACAUAAAAGCUGAGAAUGUGUUUGAGACAAAUGUACUGAACAUUGAUGUGCUUGACAAUUAUCACAAUGUCUCAGCUAUUAUUUUGUCAAGAGUCAUGGUCACUGAUCUUGAAGGAACCUGAAUGCAAGCCAUCUACUUGUGUACAAGUGAGAUGUUAAAGACUUUCAGAUGUUUGGUUGUAAGGAAUGAAUUGUUACAAUGUGAA